CAGAGUCGGAGCGCGAGCUGGUAGCUUGGUAACCGUCUUUUUAACGGUCUCCUGAAGCUUCAGUGACGCUCAGAGAGCGCUUUUAUUUACGCGUUUUUCACUUUUUGUAAACUUUCCCUUCCAGAAAGCUCCAGAUUUAGUUUAUGGAAGUGGAACCUCGCGUGUUUUACGUUUGGGGGAGGCGAAAAGAGAAGCUGGAGGGGGUCAUGAGAAACGUUGGCUUUACAAUGGCGCGGUGAUCCUCAGCUAAGGAGUCCGAUCGAAAGCUAGCACCUUUGUUUUGUUUAUUAGACCCAAUGGCGAAAGGCGGCGGGGAGAAAGGGAAGCUGGACUGGAGGCUGGAGGAAAGUCGGACUGACUCUGGUGUUGACUCGUUCAGGUCUCUGACCAGAGACGACCAGUACAACAGCGGCGUGUCUACUGGAUCCGUGGCUGGAGAGCAGGAGAAGCUGAGUGUGGUGGAGGAGCGGCUGGACUCGGCCUAUGGGUCCUCCUCGAUCACCUCGAUCACGGUGGACGGUCUGGGAGAAAUCAUAGACAAGUGCAGCAUUUCAGAACCGCCGAGCGCGGAGAGGAGCUCGGAGUACACCGAGGAGGAAGUAAACGUGUUGGCAACGGUCACAGAAGAUGGAGACACAGUUCUACACUUGGCCAUUAUCCAUGCAUUGAAGCCAUCCACGCACGAGCUCACGAAGCUGUUCCCGAAGGAGGUCCUGGACAUUCAGAAUAACUUGUAUCAGACGCCGAUGCACCUUGCCGUGUACCUGAACCAGCCCGAUGUGGUGAAGGCCCUGGUGGAGAACGGGGCGUGCCUGGAGCUGCAGGACCAGGAUGGGAACACCCCGCUGCAUGUGGCCUGUGAGCAUGGCAGACUAGAGUGUGCCAGUGACAUGAUCCUGGAUAUUUCUCCCACCAAACUGGCCCAAGUAUUUGAGACGCAGAACUGGAGAGGUCUCACUUGUCUGCAUGUUGCCACACUGCACAAACAGCACCGCCUCAUGAGGCUCCUGAUAAAGAAAGGUGCCGAUCUGAACAUCCAGGAAGGCACAAGUGGGAAGACAGCGUUACACAUUGCGGUAGAGCUCCACGAUGUGGAAGCAGUGACUCUGCUGCUGAACAGGGGCGCUAAUGUGGACGCCGCAAUGCUGAACGGCUGCACCGCUCUUCACCUGGCUGUCGGCCGGCAGGAUGCCACGAUCACCACCCGUCUGUGCCAAGCAGGAGCCGACAAAAUGAUCCGGAACAUGGAGGACGAGACGGCGCUGGACCUCGCAGAUGGCAAUGAUGAUAUACUUGCACUGUUCCCGUUUGAUGACAUUCAGAUCAUGGGCAGAACUGUUGGCGUGAACUUCUGAGGGCUUUUCGGACAGACGGGAGAAUUAGUGUGCUGAGAUCUGAGCUCAGUAAACUCCAGUAAACAAACUAACUAUGGCUUUCUUUUUAGUGCCUUUCCAUAGUCCAGCUUUUGUGUGCUGUAGGUGUUAAUUUAUGUUUGGGAUUCAAAACUGCUUGUCAGAAUCUGUCAUUCAGUGCCAAAGUGAUCUGGAAUGAUGAAGUGAGGAAUGGCUUUUGUAAACGGGCUGAAAUGUGUGAACAUAUUGGAGUGAAAAACAGAAUCCAUGCUUAGCAUAUUUCCUAUUUUUACAUAAAAAUGUUAGUGAUCGGUGACGAAAAUUUGUCUGCAGCAAACAAAUACAGUAAUCUUACACUACUUUGACGAAGCAGUUAAAAUGAACUGGAAAUUCUGCAUGUUUUUUGUCAAACGCCGCUAAAAACGCCGUCCACCCUGCUGCUGAAAGGUCCACGGUUUUCAGUGUUGAGAUCAUGAAUGACUUAAUCCCAUCAUGUAGAUCAUGAAAUAUAAAAUAUACUACCGUUCAAAAGUUUAUAAUCACUUGCCAUUUUCUGUGUACUACUCUUUUAUAUAUUUAAUAUGCUAUAUUAACCCAAUGUUGUUAAUCCACAAUGUGGGAAUAUUUAGGUGUUUUAUUCAGUAUUUUUUUUAAAAAUGCAAUAAGUUAUUCCAUUCAAAAUAAAAUUCUGUCUAUUUAUGAUUUUGUCGAGUUGUCUGCAUUGACGUUGACGCAAUUUGAUUGUUACUUAAUUCUUGAUGAUCUACAACUUUCUCAUUUUAGAGUCUCCGACAGAUUCAUCAUUCUGGAUCAUCCAGCAUUUCAUUUUUAAUUUACAGUAGUUUGAGUACAUGCGUGUUAAUCAUUAUUGGGUUUACAUAGAACAUUGGUUUCAAACUUUUGACCGGUAGUGUAUAUCUGUGAAGUACCUCAUAAAGUGGCAAACGUCAGUAUGAAUACAAAAGUGAAGAUGUCCGGAGGUGAAUUCAGGCUUUGGUGAAGAUGUUAGCGUCAGCUGCUGAACAGAUGAAGCGCUGUCCGCUCUGGCUUUGGAGUGUUUUUUUAGGUUUACAACUUUUUGAGUCGUCACAGCUCUCAUAUUUCACCCCACCCUCCCCCACCCGUCUCUGUUUUUUAAGAAUGAAUUUCGCUUCCUCGUCCCAGAGUCGCUAAGUCAUAUGAUCUCUAAUUCAGUGUAACUGCGUGUGUGGUGAGUGUUGCCUAGACUUCCCCUAAACUGAUGUCAUGCAAAUCGGCCGUUAAAGCGGAGUUGCUUCUUUAAACACAGAGUUGGAUGUUCAGAGCAGCUCGGUUCUGCGACGCCAGCGGACUCAUUUUGGCGUUCCUCAUGACUUGCACCGUGCUGUGAACUUUUGGGACACUUGGGGGGGGAAAAAAAAAACUGUGACACAUUUUGUCAUUUUUCAGUGCAGAUGUUUAAAGUAACUGGUUCUGUGUGCUUUGGACUUGAGUACAGUAUUUUUUUACCAAUUAGUAACCAGAAAUGAUGCCAAAUCCAUAAAGACAGAAAUUGUUUUUUUCCUCUUCCUGCUAAAUCCUUUCUGUAUUCAUAUGAAGUCCUAGACGUGUGUAGGACUGUCCUGAUCCAUGGAUUUGUGUGUCAGCAGUCAGUGUGUAGAGUAUCCUUUUAAUGGGAAUUUCAGUUUUUCCAGAAUUUCUGUAUGAAUAAAUGGUUCAUAUGUAAACAAAGUCAUUCAGAGUGGUUUGGCGUGAAAUGCUCAGUUCUAGAGAAACUUAAGAGUCAGAAUUAAUCACAGUGUUGGUGAUAGGAACCAGACGUCUAAAGAGUUAAAUGGGUUUUUUAAAUGCUUUCACGGGAAAGACGUACAUUAUAAGGCCUCAAAGAAUUCAGAUUUAUCACUUAUCAACAUUCCAUAUACGAACUUGGAGGAUGGGUGUCUGUUUACUAGUGGUUUUGAAUGUGAAAUAAAAUGUCUAUAUUUGUGUUGUAGUCAUAGUGACCUCUGGUUCCUAUCACCAGCACUGUAAAGAAACCUCUGCAAUCAACCAUUUCACACCAAAUGACACUGAAUGACCGUCUACAUCUCAGCCACUGAAGUAUGCAGAAGUUUAGAGUGUGGAAUUUCCCUUUAAGCCUCAUCAGACACACCUUACCCAGCUCAUUCAUGCCUGCGGAGUGAAGAGCUGGGCCUGCGAUGUUUUGUAGAUUUGGAUUAUUAUGUGGUGUUCCUGCUUUUUUUUUUUUUUUUUUUUUUAGUUUUGUUUUGUUUUCCUUUGCUUUAAAAGAUCAGUUUUUUGAGCAGUUUGGGAAAAUCUGUAUAUACUGAAACAAGCUGAGCACAGUUUGCAUUUCCUAUUGUGCAGUUUGCCAUAAAUAACCAGGAAAUAAGUCACAUGUCUUUUAAUUGUCCAGCAGAAUUCAGCAGCACAAUGUAGUGAUAUUUCCAGUUCUGCUGCCAUGAUGUAAAUGCCAUAUUAAUGUUACACAUCUACAAUUGCAAGAUGUACAGUUGAAUUUUACAGAUCUCUAUUAAAAAAAACAAGCAGAUUAUUUUGUAUUAAAGAGUUUUUUAAAAUGA